AUGCAACGACCAUCAGAUCAAAAUGCGCCUGUCGCCUUGAAGGUCUCUGAAAAGAGUCCCGCAAAAGCCGCGCACGUCAAUAUGAUGACGGACACGAUCAUUGCCAACAUGCCCCUAGAGGGAUUACGCACAGUACUGCGAGGCUUGCUUGGAGUCGAUCCCAAAGUAACACUAAAGCUCAACGCUCUUGCUACCGAGUAUCUCGCCGCAACUCGCCCUGCAACCACACCCCAGUUCUUCACGAGUGGGGAUCUGCCCACUGCUUGUCCAGCACUCUUCGACUGGCAGCAGCGGUAUAGGUGUCUGAUGGGUUGUGGAAUGGGCUUCGAAAGCAUGAAGCUUUUGACGGAAGUUAUUCACCAAUUUUUGGCGUUGGUGUGGCCUGAGAAGAUGACUACCCAGGAAUCUCUGAUGGAUUUGUUUACUAUCCUCGACGCUGAUGUGGUUCAGUCUGUAACUGCUGUUCAAAAGGAGCUUUUGACAGUGACCGGGACUCGGGAGAUGACUGGCGAAGAGGUCACUAUUGUGCACAGCCUUCUCGACGGGCUGGUUGCUUCUAAAAAGCAAGCUGAACAAGUCGGCCAGCAGUUUCUAUUUGAACGAGGUCUGUUGCGUAUGCAGAAAAUGGAAGGCAUGCCAACUGUAACCAGUUCGCAGCAAGUUCUUCAAUCUAUCAUAACACCUGGAUAUAUUCAAGAAGCCAGGCCGAAUAUAAUUGAGCAUGUUAAACUAGGGAGAUCUUUAGUUCCAAGAAUGUUCAUGGGCUUGUGGCAGUUUUCUAGCCCUGCGUGGGGCACAGCUACAGUAUCCCAGAUUAACAAACAUUUUCGAAAGCAUGUCGAUGCCGGUUUUACAGCUUACGAUAUGGCGGAUCAUUAUGGGGAUGCGGAAGUUACAUUUGGCCAAUUCCGAUCUUCUCAACCAGAUGCAGCAAAUAUCUUCUGCGCAACAAAAUACUGCGUGUUUGAACCGGUAACUAUUACGGUGGAAGUCGUAAAGGCCAGUAUCACAGAAAGAUUAGUUAGCAUCAACGCCGAUGUGAUUGAUCUCCUCCAGCUGCACUGGCAGUCUUACGAAGACAAGCAGUAUAUACGCAUGACUCAGCUCGUAGAGCAAGACGCGCGAGUUCUGAAUGUCGGUCUAUGUAAUUUCGACACCCAGCGAAUGAACGAAAUCUUGGAAAGCGGUAUCCACAUCGUUUCGAACCAGGUGCAAUUCUCCCUAAUCGAUUUACGGCCAACAUUCAAGAUGGCCGACAGUUGUCGGAAACACGAGGUCAAACUCCUGACCUACGGAUCUUUGUGCGGCGGCUUCCUCGCAGAUAAAUGGCUCAACAAACCUGCCCCGAAUAUGUAUGGAGCAGAUAUGACCCCAAGCCACAGAAAGUAUUACGAGAUGAUCACCAUAUGGGGAGGAUGGACCCUCCUACAACGUCUCCUUACCACCCUUUUUUCCAUCGGCGAGAAAUACAACGUGUCGAUAUCGAAUGUUGCCACACGGUGGGUGUUGGAUCAUGAUUAUGUCGCAGCGACGAUUAUCGGGGCUCGGAUGGGCAUCAGUGAGCACGUGGAGGAGAAUAUCAAGGGCUUUUCUUUCAGGCUUUAUGAGGAGGAUCGGGCUGCGAUACAGGUCGUAUUAGACCAGAGCCGGUCUGCAGAUGUCUUUGAAGCUAUGGGUGACUGUGGAGCUGAGUAUAGAUAA